CAACAUUGAUCCUGCGCUCCUUAUUAUAGAUGACACGUUCUGGUGCGUCAAAUCCUUGACCUUGUAUUAUAAUGGGAGCUCGUCGAUGACAAAGGAUAGCUGAUGUUGAAGCGGCUGCCAUGUCCCGAUAUCUCGUUCAAAAUGAUGGCCUAUUUCUGGGCUCCAGCAGCGCCUGCAGUUUGGUGGCAUGCACACUUGUUACGACCUUGUACGUUCCCCUGAGAAACUCUUGGAACGAUUGUGACUCGCCGUUUUCCCAGGUGCGACUCCAGUAACAGACAAUGAACCCACAAAUUGCAUGGGCGUAGAAAUGUAUGCGAGCGCUAUGGUACAGAUACUACUUGAUGAAGAAAACAAGGGGAUGGAAAUG